GGAAAACAGCAAUAUGAUGAAGAUAAAUUCGUAAUGAAUUUUUGUUUUGAUUGGGCCAAUGUUUGAUGCUGAAAAAAAAUUUUUUUUUUUUAUCUUCGUCUUCUUUCAUGCCUUGGACUCUUCUAUUGUAGCGAAUAACUUGAUGAAAAAAGCACGCCAUCGAUUCCAAUUACUAUAAAUUAGUCUUAUAAAACCUAGAAAGUUAUUUAUACACAAAUACUUGUAACAAUGCCAGUUAGUACAACACAACAAUAUAAUUCUGAUUUGACUUUUAAUGAUAAAGAAUAUUUGGAAAAAGUCAAUAAAUAUCUAUCAGAACUAGAGCCUAAAGAAAUUUUAGAAUGGGCUAUUGAUCAUUUACCGACUUUAUAUCAAACAACAGCAUUUGGUUUGUCAGGCCUUGUUGCUUUAGAUAUGAUCAAUAAGAUCAGCAUAGAUAGAGGGAAAUCUCACCUUGUCCCACUUAUUUUUUUGGACACCUUGUAUCAUUUUGAUGAAACUCUAGAACUUGCAAAGAGAUGCGAGCAAACAUACGGUGUCAGUCUUAAAGUCUAUAAACCAAUGGAAGCAGAGACUAAAGAAGAAUUUGAGCAUCAAUAUGGCAGUCAACUUUGGGAAACAGAUGAAGAUGCAUAUGAUUAUCUUGUUAAGGUAGAGCCUGCUCAUCGAGCCUACAGGGAACUGAAGGUCAAAUCGAUCAUUACAGGUCGUCGUCGUAGCCAAAAGGGUGAACGAAGUGAGAUCCCUGUCAUUGAAGUAGACAGUACAGGUCUCAUCAAAUUAAACCCUCUCGCAUUUUGGGAUUUUCAACGCGUAUGGACUUAUAUUCGCGCAAAUGAAGUCCCCUAUAAUCUUUUAAUUGAUCAAGGGUAUCGAUCGAUUGGUGACUGGCAUUCAACAAGGAAGCCGAAUAGUAGUAGUCAUGAUGAUGAACGUAGUGGUCGUUGGUCUGGCAAAGGGAAAUCAGAAUGUGGUUUACAUAAAGAUUAUUUUCAAAUGCGUGCUGCUUUCUUGGCUUCGAAAAAGAAACGUGAACAACAAAAGAAACUCGUUCAUGAAUUAUCAGAUAGUCUUUCAAAUGUAGCUAUCUCAUCAUAAAGCCUUUGUUUAGUUAUAUAACGUACAUACAUACAUACAUACAUCUAUUUAUUUCAUAAUUAUGCAUAAUAUAAGCUUUUCUUCAUCUCACUAUAUAUGUGUAUAUAUGUGUAUAUCUUUUUUUUUUCUAAUUUACUAUACGUAUACACAAAUAUCUUUUUCUUUUUUAUUUUAACAUGUUAUCUAAUUUAUUACUGUGUACCAUUGAGAUCGGCAUUCUACUGCUUCUUUUCUUACAAUUCGCUUCUUAUCAUCUAAUGAUGUCCUGAGCUCUCUAAUAACAUAAUUAACAUGAGGUUUAAGGAUAUCCUUAGCGAUUGAACCAGGAAACUCGGCAAGACAAGCA